AUUACUGCUGAGAGGAGGCUGUGACACUCAGACAUUGCAGCAGAGCCCAGAGAAAGACAGAGAGGAAGCAGCUGCAAAGAGCAGGAGGAAGAGAAUAGCAUGCAGCCUUUUGUGGGCUUCCCUAUACACUGUAUCCAUCUCCUAUAGAAAGUGGCUGCCCCCUGUGUACAAUCACCAUCCUCCAUUUGGGAUUUUAAGAAAAUCUGGAACCUUUUAACGCGCCUGGUGUUUGGAUAAAUCCGCGUGUAUUUUAUUUUCCUGCACUGGGGGAUACAUAUUGAAUGUUAAGGCAUUGGAUAUACAAAAAUUCUCUAUUGCAUCAUACUAAGACAACCGUAAUUAUACUGGCCCUUCUUUCCAAUGAUCACUGAAAGAACACUUAUUUGGAUUUGGACAAUGACAAUGGUUUGCUGCAUUAACUUGAAAAUGACAUGGAUGUCAACACACUAACAUUUGGAUAGUUUUUGGUGGUCUAUAAACUAAGUGAAGACCGCUUUUACGCUUACUUUUGUUGAACAUGACUCAUGGAGAAGAGCUUAGCUCUGAGAUGCAACAGGAUUCCAUUGUUUUAACUUAUUUAGAAGGAUUACUAAUGCAUCAAGCAGCAGGCGGGUCAGGGACUACAGUUGAAAAACUGUCUGGCCGUGCUAAAAAAGAUGAAGACUUUAAGGUAUCUGGAAGUUUGUUUUCUAAUUCUCAAAGUAAUGCUCCAAUUAACAGUAACCACCAAGGGUCUGGUAUGUUGCAUCUCAAAAAAGCAAGAUUGCUUCAGUCUUCAGAAGACUGGAAUACAGCUAAGAGAAGACGGUUAUCUGAUACAAUUGUUGGUUUAAAUGGGAAAAAUGAAGCUUUGCUAACUGGCAUGGUUGAAAAUGUUCCCAAAGGCAAGCAAGAUAGCACUCUGCUUGCCUCCUUGCUUCAGUCAUUCAGUUCCAGACUGCAGAGUGUUGCUUUGUCACAGCAGAUUAAACAAAGCCUUAAGGACCAAGGGUUUUCCCUCGACCAAGAGGGCAUACAAGAGGAAAAAGAUACCCAGUGCUAUGGUAUUGCAUCUAAUCAUUUAAAAACUCUCUUAAAUAAGAACAGAGCAAAAGAUACAAUAACCAACAAUAAUUUGGGUAAUUUAGCAAAAAAUUCUGUUCAAGAAAAAUUUGGGGACUCUUCUCAUUCUGGACAAAGUAGCACUAAAGGAGUGGUCGAGCCAAUUUCCUGUGCUGCAAGACUCCAAGCUGUUGCAAGUAUGGUAGAGAAAAGGUCUAGCCCAACUGCCUCCCCUAAACCAAGUGUAGCUUGUAGUCAAUUAGCAUUGCUUCUGUCUAGUGAAGCUCACUUACAACAGUACUCUAGGGAUCAUGCUCUAAAAGCACAGAAUGCAAGUCAGUUGGCAAGUGAGAGGCUGGCUGCAAUGGCCAGAUUGAAGGAAAGUUCAGAACAGGAUCUUAAUCGCUUGCACAUGUCAAACUCUCCAGUAAACCACAACAAUCCAGUAAGAACAUUGUCAAAUCCCAUAAGUAAUGUAACCAAUCUUCCACAAUUUUCUAAUCAGCAGGGUGUAUUAAAUCAUCCUCUCAAAUCAGUUGGCUAUAAAAAUCAUGCAGAUAGAAAUCAUAUGAAACCAUCACCAAAUAACAGUUUGCUUCUCCACCUUCUUAAAAGCCAGAAUGCUACAAGUAUAAGCAAGAAUAACUUACAGUGUGAGAAAUAUUCUAUGUUUGAUGAAAGCGUUACACCAACAACUACAGAUGAUCUCUCAGACAACAAUCCUAGUUUUACAGAAGAUGAGAGCAGUGAUGAUGAAAGUACACAUUCUAACUGUGCCCCCAUAGACUUGUCAUUUAAAAACAGAACAGAAAAGACACAGCCAUUAAAUACUGCUUCCCUAGAUCAUUUAACAGAAACCUUACUUCAUAACUGGGAUCCAAAAGUGGAUGGAUUGGAACUUAGAAAAGACUGUUCACCAGAUUCAACUCUAAAGCCUCAUCAGAAAGUGACACUGUUACAGUUGCUACUUGGCCAUAAAGUCGAUGAAAAUCAUGAGACAAUGGUAGAUAUAAAGGGGCAACACAAGGCUGCUGAUUUGACAAAGUUCAGUUCUUCAACACAGGGACAUAUAACAGAGAAUUCAACUAUACACAGCUCAUCUCCACUACAUUCAAUAAAUGUGCACAGUUCUGCAAAAGCAGGAUCUCCUGUAAAUCUGACACAUCAACCUUUCCCAAAUAAACAAAAUUUCCCAAACUAUAUUAGUAACAUUCAGCCAGAAAGGCAUGUGAAUCCUGCAUCAAAGCAUUUGGUAGAACUUACUAGAAACAAAGCACUUCAAACACCUGUCCCGUUAGCUAAUGACAAUGCAGCAGACAAUGCUGCUUUUAGUGCAAGUAAGCUACUACAAAAUUUAGCUCAAUGUGGAAAGCAAAACCCUUCUUCUGAUGAUCUGCGGCUCCAAAAAUCAUUAGGUGUAAGUAAUGGUAAAACUUUAGGAUUAAUUGAUAGGCUCAACAGUCCUCUUCUUACAAACCAAACGCGAACAGUUGAAGAAAGUAGAGCUUUUAGUAACCCCCCAACUCCUGUUGAUUCAGGAUUUGCCAGUUCUGAAAUAGAAAACCUUCUGGAGAGACGCACUGUUCUUCAACUAUUACUUGGUGCACCCAACAAAAGCAAGAUUGAAAAAGUCCAAAAAUCUGCAGUUAAAGAGGAAAUCCCACAAGACAAGAGUGAGAUCAUAUCAAGGGAACAAGUUGUUGCUGUUAAAAUUAAAACUGAACCAGAGGAUGAUUCUAAUGCACAAUAUUUAAGAGACUUAGGUGUACCAAGUCCUCUAGGGAUGUCGCCACAUAAAAUCAGCCAAUCUGUUUUGGGGGAUUCAAGAUCACCGCAUAAUUCACCACGCAACUUUUCCCCUUCAAGAAAUGGUCUCCUGAGUCGUUUGCUUAGACAGAACCAUGAUGGAUAUGAUGAUGUUGAUUUGGAUAUAAACAAUAGAAAUGGUGACUCCAAACAAAGAGACACAAAAAGUCCAUGUGUUGUUCCUAAAAAGAGAAAACUGCAUCAAAAUGAGCCUUCGGAAAGUAAACUAAAAAUGUCAAAAAUAAGUUCACCAGAAAGUGGAAAUAAGCAAUUUGGCCCUACACGCUCACUAUGUGGACCAAUAAUUCUUCAGGAUGAAAUCAAUGGAAGCAAGGAUGAUUUUGAACCUAAGUGCAUUCUAGGUCAGAGUUCAUAUAAUGAAAGUAAAAAUAUAAGCUGGCCAAGAGAAAGUAAAGGUUUUAAUGUCCUGAAACAGCUGUUGCUUUCAGAGAACUGUGUCAGAGACCUAUCCCAGCAUCGAAACAGUACACUAGUUGAAGAGAUUAUGAAGGGGAACAGAGGUAAUGUGGCAUGUAAUUCUGACUUUGCUGUUCCUUCAUUAAAUACAUUGAUUGGGAAACCUGUACAUCAGACAAAUAUAAGUCAAAUGCCUUUUCAUUAUUCAUCUUCUGUUAAUCUCCGCCAUGCGCCAUCUCCAGAAGUUUUAGGAAGUAAAGUAUCUCGGACAGAUUCAGCAUUAUUUAAUGUCUCUCCCACACCUCCAGAUAAUGGUCCUAUUAAAUGGGUUAUCACUGAUAUGGAAAAAAAUGAUUUUGGAAAAGAUUCUCCAAGGCUGACCAAAACCAACCCAAUAUUGUAUUAUAUGCUGCAAAAGGGAGGCCAUUCUGCUAUUAGCCAGGAGCUGCGGGACAGAACCAGUUGGACAGAAUCUUUUUUAGGGAAUGCAACAGAAGUGACAUUAAAAAGAGAUUCAAUCUCUAGUGGAGGAACCAAUACAAAUGGUAUUGGUUUUCUUAGAUCUUCCAAUCAUGUUGGAAAUAGAACUUUUAAUAAUUCCAAUGGCAAUAAAUGUGGAAUACUUGAUAUGCUGUCAAUUAAGAAAGAACCAGAAUACAAAUAAAACUGGAGCAGUCACAUUUUGCAUAAAAUUAUUUAAAAUCCUAAUAAAAUAAUUAACAAAUAAAGACAGGCAUGAUUACAAGAAGAGCAUGAUCAUAUUUACUUGUUUUUAUUAAUACAUUUUGUUUGUGGCUGUAGUUUAUUAAAACAAUGUACAGAUGACUAACAUUUUUAUUUUUCUGCUUACUAUAUUUUUUCACCAUGGAAUUUUUACUUCUCCUUUCUAAUUCUAUUUAUUAUAGUUUAUGUCCCAUUGAACAAGAUCAGACGAUUUGCAUUAUAAAUGCAUAGAAAUUACUUUUCUUAAUUCAAUUUUGUAACUUAUUUUUUUUGGAAUUAUCUAUUUAUUUUCUGCCACUGAUUUGAUAGACUAAAACUAAAUCAAUACAGUAGUUGUUAGUUUUUGCAACUACAAUUUGUUUUGGGCAAUUCCAGAAAUCUCUGCAAAAAUCUGAAUUUAAAAUAUUAUGGUAUGACAGCUGUUUUCUCUAUUUGUCAAAGGAGAUAAUGUUAAACUAAUCAAGAGGCAAUAAAAUUCUUAAAGGGACAGAAAACCCCAAAUUUUUCUUUCGUGAUUCAGAUAGAACAUACAAUUUUAAAGAACUUUACAAUUUGCUUCUAUUAUCAAAUUUGCUUCAUUAUUUUGUUGCUGAAGGAGCAGCGUUGCACUACUGGCAGCUAGCUGAACACCUCUUUAGCCAAUCACAGAAGACAAAUUUGUGCAGGCACCAAUCAGCAUCUAGCUCCCACUAGUGUAGAAUAUGUGCUUAUUCUUUUUCAACAAGGGAUACCAGGAGAAUGAAGCACAUUAGAAAAUAGACAUGAAUUCAAAAGUGUCUUAAAAUUACAUGCUCUAUCUUAAUCAUGCAAGUUUAAUUUUGACUUUCCUAUUCCUUUAAGUGCUUAUAUGCGUAUAUAUAGAAAAAAAAAACAGUUUAAAUAAUUGUGUAGAAGUCUUUUUAGACACUGAAAUUAUUUUAGCUUAGUUUAUUAAUCAAUCUGUCUUUUAAAGCCACGUUUCACAGAUCAGUUAAAGUUUUAGGUGGUGAAUGUUUCUUGUCUUACAUAUAAUUGAACAUAAUGAUGUUUGAGCGCCUAAUCAUUGGGAUGACCGUAUACACUUACACAUGUUACGGAUUUAUUCAAUUUUGUCAAAAAAAAGUCUCCUUACUUUGGUUCUUUCUAGAUGUGAUAUUGUUAUCAGAAUUAAAUCAAGCAUCAGAACAAAUAGAUGGAGAUACUCAAAUAUAGUAAAUAUAUUUAUUGAUGUCAUUGACUCAGGGUUAAUUUGUGGUAUGCUAGACAAGUUUGAAUCAGUUGCCAUUUUACCUUAAAUAUAGAUUCUGUUCCGAUUGGAUAGCUUAAAACAUUUUUCAACAACAAUUCUAUUAGAUGGAGAACUUGCUGAAAACACGUUGAUGUUUUGCAACUGGAAUAGCAUCAACUCCGUUUUAAUAAUGUACUGUUUGGCUGCUAAUAUUCGACCCUCAUUAUAUAUUAGUAGAGAAUGUGCCAUUUAAUUAAUGUAUACCGUAUCUCAUAGAAGAUACUAAUGAAAUAAAAGUACAAAAAAAAAGAUAAUUCUGGAUAAUUUCACCACUUCUUGAAAAUCUUGUAUUUUUACUGAAUUCUUUAUUUUUUAAACAGACACUGUGAAUAUUAUUGUUACAGGACUUAAAUGUCAUUUGUAUAAAUACUGAAAAGUUGCAAAUAAUUUUUUUUUCUACCUAACAUUUAUAAUUUACUGCAAGCAACAACAACAAAAAAGGGAGGAGUGUCAACUUAUUUUUUUUCCAUGCAUAUUUAUAAAACUAAAAUCAUUAUUUUGUAAGAAAAAUAUCAGCAAUUGUGUAUUGGUAACAAAAGCUGCAUUUAGGUGUAUAUUUUAAAUAAGUGAAUAGUGAGCAAAAAUAGUGCUUAAGAAAUGCACCCAUAUUAAUGCCUAAACAUUUUUAUAAAUGCCGUAUUUAUUUAAAGCACUUAACUUAAAGAUAAAACCUUGCAAAAGAGACUGCUAACCAAAGUUUACCAAAAUAAUUCACACGUGAAAAAUUAAAUUGUGAAAAUAUGCACAUGCAUAAAUUAAUUUUACUUUCUUUGUGCCUAAAAUAUAAGUUUAUUUGUAAAUAAGACCUUGUUAUAUAUUAACAAACAUUAAUUAUGAUUAUAAAAAAACAUAUUCUGCUGUUUCCUUUUUCUGUAAUUAAUUUUCUCUGCUCUUUCUUGCAAAACUGGCAUUUUAAUUAAGGCAUAAAAAAAUUAUGCUUAUGGUCGAUUACACUUUUUUUUUUUAAAUAGUACUUUUUUAAGAUUUUAAAAAUUAGUUUUGCAUCUGUAUUGAAAAUGUUGAAAUAAUUGUAUUUUUAAACCUUUAUCAAAAUUAUGUCUUAGAUGAUUACUGUUCUGGAAAACAUGUAAAUAUGUAAGUAUAUAACCGUCAAUUAUGCAUUGAUAUUAUAAAUAAAAUGUUUUCUAAAAAUUGAUGUAAAUAGUGUUUUCCAUAAAAAUACAACAUGUUUUGUAUCGUUUUGAAGAAAAUCUUUUUUUGUUUGUAUAAUUUCUAUAUAUAGAGAUGUAAAUAGAAGGCAAAUGGUUUAAAUGUUUUGCAUGCAUGCAACUAAUUGCAUCUUGUAUGGAGAGAAUGUACAGAAUAUACAUUUUAUUUAAAAAUGUGAUUUACCUUUUGCAUGUUAAAAGCAUGGGGGGAGAACCUCUGUGUAUUUUGUUAAAAAAAAGCCAGGUCAGAUGUUUAAAAAUAAUAAAAAAUGAAAAAACAAACAAUGUUUUGUUUUCAUACAUUAUCUUUGGUAUGGUAUGUUCAUUUUUUGUAAGAAUGUGCUACCUAUAAUUUGAUCUGAGAUAACAAAGCUAGUUUAAGUGCAAAUCUCAUUGUAAUGUUAUGUGAUUGAUAUUUAUAUUUUAAUUUAAAAAAAAAUUAUAACAAUGGUAAUAUAACAUUACAAGUUAUAACUUUAUCUUUAUUCAUUAAUGGAUUCAUUGCCAUUCAUUUAUGAAUUCAAGGUUUACACAAACAGUUGAUUUGUGAUGUAUUCUUAUGGAUAUUUUUGUUCAUGUGGUGUCACAAACCUUGUACAUAACGCAAGUGUGAUUUUAUUAUUAUUAUUUUUUUUAAUCUUAGUGUUCACUUCCCUGGUGAGGAUUUGAAUAAAUAAAGAAUAUUAAGCUCUU